GCCCAGGAUGGUCUGCAGCCAUUAACCCAAUUUCACAGUUUCGCCACCGGAAAAAAUUAUAUUUUCAUCUCGUUUUUUGGACAAGUAAAUAAACAAUGUAAGCGGCUAGAAGGUAAAAAUGUUAUUUUACCAGCCAUACGCGAAUGCUGUUGAUGGCACUCUUCUGUGACAUGUGCUGCUGUGGCUGCUGCAACGGAUUGGCCCGGAAAAAGUUAUUUGCUGUACACGCCUGACUGCUUGGCUGCCCAAUUCUUCUGACUCAGCAGCUAAAAUCACUAUUAUUAUGCGGCUGACGUUAGCUUUGCGGUUGAGUGCUGUUAUGUCUAUGCAGAAAAAUGCAACAGGAGCAGCAGCUGCAUAAACAUCAAAAACAAAAGUGAAUGCGUGUAAGCAAACAAUAAUUUGAUUGAAAAGCCCAAGGAGAAUGCAAAGCGGCUAAAAGAUCGCGGAAGUUUCUGCUUGGUUUAGCGCGACAGCACGCACAUCAAUGCACAUACAUACAUACAUAUGUAUGUAUGUUUAUAGGUUCGCUUGCAUCGAUGUUGCUUUGUUUAUACAUACAUAUUUAGUACAUAUUUAUGUAUCUCUGCAUCACCUGCCAUCCAAAAUAUAUCUAAACAGCAACAUUGCUUCGCAAAGAGACCGCACCGCGUAAACAUCAAAUGGAGGCGUAACAAUGCGAAAAAAGCGCAACUCCGCGGGCUUUCAACUGAAAAAGUGUGUAGAAAGAAAAAAUUUCUGCAAAAAAAAAAUAAAAAUAAUAAUAAAAAACCCCACAAAAGCAGCUGCUAAUGGCAUGCUCAUCGCCAGUUAAUUGAGGGCUGAAGAAAAAAAUAAAGGCUUUACGAUAGCCAACUAUCAAUCAACCGCCCACACUAAUUAAUUUGACAUAUAAGUCUGAACAGAAUUCCAAGUAAUCAAGUCCAACAGCUGCCACGGAAACGGCACAGCACAUCAGGCUUUACUCUCAAAAAUAGUAGGAGGCAAAAACUAAACGUACAGCACACAUACCCACACAAAAUGCAGUGCGGCCUAGAGCAAAUGAACGACUGCGAACGCUCGCCGAACCGGACCAAUCUCCGCGUCAACUUCAACGAGAAGGGUGCUGAGGUGAAGGAGCGACGCGAAAAGUUCCUCACCGCCAAAUAUGGUUCACAUCAGAUGAGCCUGAUACGUAAACGCUUGGCGGUUGAGAUGUGGCUGUAUGAUGAACUGCAGAAACUCUUUGAUCCACCGAGUGAGGCUAUCGAUGUGGAUAUAGAUGAAAUAUUGGAUAUGGACACCGACGACAUAAGGAGAUCCCAUUUGAUUCGGCUCCUUUCGGUCUGCAAACGCCCACAGUCGGACAUAUCGAAAUUCAUAAGUGAUUUACUUGAUCGUGCAAAGACGCUGUAAAUUAGCUGCGCUGGCGCGUUUGUUACUUUAGUUUUUUAUGUGUAAUUCCACGCAAAAACACGAAAACAUAAUUCAUUUGAUAUUAGCGUUUAGCUCUCUACAAGUAUAUCAUAUUUUUUAAAUUAAUUGAUCUUAUUUGAUUUUAUUUUCUUUAUCAGAAAAUCAAUUUAGUUAAUUUACUUUAAUUGUAUUUAACCUUAUUUAUUACUAAGCACAAACGAUAAUUUAAAUAAAAAAACUUUUGUAUCAAGUCGCAUAAUAUAAAUAACACAUUAGAUUUUAAUCGGUUAAUUAGUAAACACGAAACAAAGUAAAAGUAAAAACAAAAGUGUAGUAUAACCAAAAAAUAUUUAUACAAGCUAAGUCUAAUACUAGAUUACAGAAAUUAUAGUCGCAUUAAAAUUAAGGCAAAGUAAAAGCAAGACAACACAGAACCAGAAGAAAUCUCAAACCAAAAGAAAUUCGCGAAAAAUAAAAUAAAAAUAAAGAAUCAAAUAAAUAACUUUAAUUUGUAUGUGAGGCAAAGCUGACGUUGAUUAUUGUAUAUGACUGAAUUUAUACAGUAUGGUGGUAGAAAUAGGCUCUGAAGUAAAACAAAAAAAAAAAAUCUUAAUUGUAUUCAUCAAAAAAGUCAUCUCACAAACUUCAUACAUAUUUACAUUUAAUGCUUAAAAUACACUUGUAUGUACGCAAUUUAUUUGCAAGAUUAAAAUAACAGUCUAGAUUAAAAGCACUCAGCUUUGAGAAAUAAGAAAGUAACUUACAUUUUUGGUCUCUUUUUUAAGCGUGAAAUUUUUUAAGUCAAACCCUAACACUUUAAUGACAAAGAAAGAGGCAUUAAACCCAGUAAAAAUAGCGUUAUUUUCCCGAUGAGCAUACUACCAAUUUUCCAAAAGUGUGCUUUUAAUAAAAAAAAAAAA